GGAGAUGCCUAUCGACCACGACGUCGUUUGAAAAGCUGCCCUUUUCACUUUUCAGCGUUUAAGAAAUGCAGUGUAGGCCCCAGACGCAAUUCAGAGUGUUUCCCCUGAUAUUUAUUCCCUCUCCUCGCUCGCGAGCCUCUUGGAUCGUCCGCAACUCGUUCGAGUUCGACUCAGUACCGGGGACCUCCCCCAUCGACGUCGUUUUAACAACGUAACCAUAUAAAGCGUACAUGCAAACUGUUAUGCUCUAAAUUCCAGGAGGUUUCAUUUGCUUGUGGACUGGAUCUCCAAUUAUCAUAAUUUUCCUUUUGCUGUGUCAUGUGACUAAAUGCAGGAUCCUAAUGGUUUUAUGGACGAGAAGUGUGAAAACAGGCUUUACAUCGGUAACCUUGAUUUGAGAAUAACAGAGGCUGCUCUGAUUAAGAUGUUUUCACCCUUUGGAACGAUUGUAUCUGAAGACUUCCUGUGGCAUACUCGCGGCCCAAAACGCGGAGAGCCGCGGGGCUUUGCUUUCAUCCAGUACAGCACUAAAGAGGAAGCUAAAUUGGCCAAGGAGAAGAUGCAUGGGAAACUAGCAUGUGGCCGCCCGUUGGUUGUCCGUCUAGCUAGUGAGAAAUACAUGGUGGAAACGGCAGAGAAGUCUUGCAAAGGAGCGGGUGAGUCAAACAAGACCAGCCUUUCUGGUAGCAGUUCGGGACAGAUGAAUCGGAGUGCUAAAAUAGCUGCAAUCAAGAAUAAAUUAAAAGCUUUGGGGGAGGAGAGCUCUAGUAGUGCAAAGAAGCAGAAGCAAGCUGAAAGCGUCUCUUGUACUGAAAGGCUGGAUAACUGUACCAAUUGAGAGAGUUCUGCGAAACCGCUUUAUGUGAUUUUGCAACUAUUAGCGCGAUGCUGAAAUUGAAACGAUUUCAGAAUUUCAUAUUGAUAUUCGAUGGUGCUGAAAUUGUCAAUGAAAUGAUUUUUGAUCAA